GUUAAGCAUAUCACAGCAAAUGCUGACCGUUCGUAGAUAAUAACAUCUUGUAACUGUGAGAGCGUCCUCAUGAUAUUCCUACCUCCCUAUCGCGAGCGCCAGAUCUUGGCGGGUCGUAAUAAAAUUUUUUGAAAUUUCAUAGCAACGUUGAAUUUGAAAUCUAUUGUUACUUAAAACUUAAAACGCUCGCUUCUUCCCUCCCGAGCCUUCACUUUCUCCCUCAGAUCUGGCCGCUAGGGUUUUGCGCUUCCUCGAGUUGAUUGGGCUCUCAAUGAAUUUCAGGUACUGUCAAUCCAAACUUGCUUUCUAGCUUUGCUUCUCUCUCUUUGUUGCCCUGGAUUGUGUUGAGGAUUAGAUGGCUUCGUGAAUUGCUACCAAAUGAAUAUUGAUUUCCUCGUUCUUUGUCAAAUAGCCAAAUUGAGUUCAUAAAUUUUGGAAUUUUUGGCUUAUAUGAAUUCCAAUAAUUUCUCCCAAUGUCUACAAACUAGUUUAUUAUUAUUUUUAUAAUAAAUCGUCAUAGUAGUUCAGAAUCUUCGAAUUCUCAGAAAGGAACCCCAAAUUUGCCUUGUAUUACUGAUUUUAGUUGUCAUGGUGAGGGAGGAGAAGGUUGAGUCGUUCUAUGACCGUCUCCGUAAGUCUGCUACCGCUUCGUCUCUCUCUCCUUUGCUCAUAUUUCCGUCAACAUCUGAUGCGGACUCCCUCUGUGCCCUAAAAAUCAUCCUCCAUGUCCUCGAGUCAGAUUCAGUUCGCUACUCUUGCUACCCUGUUUCCUCCUUUCAAGAAAUCCACAAGUAUGCAGGUCCAGAUUUAUGUUCUCCGUCUGAUAAGCCCAUUUCAAUUCUCUUGAUAAAUUGGGGUUGUCACCGGGACUUGCAGCAGGUACUGAAUUUAGGCCCCCAGGCUCGUGUUUUUGUUGUUGACAGUCACCGACCAAUUCAUUUGCAUAAUCUGAGUGAGCAAAAUGAUCACGUCAUUUUGCUUUAUACGAGGGAUGAUGAGCAGCAGGCUGAUUUGGCCUAUGAUUUUGAUGUUUCAGCUUUAGCAAAUGCAAGUGAUUUGAAUAGUGAUGGUGAAGUUGAUGAGAAUUCAGAGAGUGAAGAAGAAGAGGACAGUGAGAGUGAAGGAGAGGAUGAUGGAGAUGGAGAUGGGUCGGGCAGGAAACGAAGAAGGGUUAGUCCCGAGAGUGAAGAGGACCCAGUUAAACUAUACCGAAAAUUGAAAAAGAAAUAUUACUACAUGGGUACGUUUCAUGGUAAGCCAUCAGGGUGUUUGAUGUAUGAAUUGUCACAUUCUUUGAGGAAAAACACAAAUGAGUUGCUUUGGUUGGCUUGUGUUUCACUGACGGAUCAAUUUGUUCAUGAAAGGUUGACUGAUGAGAGGUACCAAGCAGGGGUUAUGGAACUGGAGCAACACAUUAAUAGUUCAGGUAAUUUAGAUGCAGUUACCUCAGUGACCCUGAAGGAUGGAACUAAGAUUCGAGCCCCUGAUUCAUCUAGGAUUGCUUAUGAAGACGAACCAAGGCUUAUGCUGUUACAGGAGUGGAAUUUGUUUGACUCAAUGUUAUGUUCCUCAUAUAUUGCCACAAAAUUGAAGACCUGGAGUGACAAUGGAAUGAAAAAGCUCAAGCUUCUUCUUGCUCGAAUGGGAUUUGCUCUUGUGGAUUGCCAGCAAAAGUUUCAGUACAUGAAUCUUGACGUCAAACGAAAAAUGAAAGAUGAGUUUGAACGGUUUCUACCAGAAUAUGGGCUUACUGAUUUUUACUACAGGAGUUUCUUGAGGCUACAUGGGUAUAGCUCAAGAGUCUCCGCCGCAGAUGUUGUACAUGGGGUUACUGCGCUUCUUGAAUCAUUUGUAAACUCUGAUGGUUCUUGUGCUUCGAAGCAGUUUGGGGAGGCCUAUGAUGCACUGUCAUUGAAUAAUCUUGAUAAGUUGAAAGAUGGAAUGCAGCAGGCAAUAAAAAUACAGAGGGCAAUUCUCAGACAAGGAAGUGCAGCAAUUACGAAGAGUGGUUCUAUCAGGAGUGGAAGAAAGUUUAGGUGGGUCAAGCUUGAAGAUUCAGUUGAUACAAAGAUGUUGGGUUAUCCGCAGGCUUUGACUAAAUUCUGCUAUUUUUUAAUGGAUGCCUUGAAGGAGAAGGGAGCUAGAAUGAAGCCUUUGCUCUGUGCUUGUUUGUCACAAGAGCCACAUAAGUUUCUGAUUGUUGGGGUAUGUGGGAAGCCACGUCUUGGGGCAGAUCAAGGAAACGCUUUUGGCAUUGCGUUCAGAAAUGCUGCUGAUGAAAUUGGAGUUGAAUACUUCCAUGAGCUGUUUGAAUCUUCUUGGAUUAUUCUGGACGCAGGUGCAGUUAAUUCUUUUAUGAUCAGAUUAACUGAGAAACUCUGACAUAGAACUUGUAAAAUAUUCUGAUUGAUCCCUUUUUAACUUUGAUGUGUUUUUGUGCACUUGUACUUUCCUAGCGUGUUUGCAACUUCAAUAAGUGAGAAAUCACAGUAACUUUUAUUCAA